UAAAAAUUAUUUUCUUAAAAUAUCGUUUUUACAUACACAAGGAUCGCAGGCAAAUAAAAAAAAAUAUUUUCUUUUUAAUUAAGCUUUAUUACGGAAUUUGAAAUCUGAACAAAGAAAAGAAUUUCGUUUUUACUAGAAUUUAACCUUUAAAUUAUUUUAUUUACGUUUGAUUAACGCAUAAAAAUUUAAUGAUAUAUCUUUCUUUUUUAAACCGUUUCAUGACUACUAAGAGUCACCUUUUUUUUCGUACUAGGAUAUUAAUGAAGUGUACACGCAACAUGGUAAAACCAGUAUUCUACGCAAGUGAACACUGCGAUAGUAGAUUCUAUUGUCAAACUAAGAGAAAUGAUCAACGUUUUUUUUCUUCAAAGUCUCCUCAUCAUGAUUUACCAUAUCAGCAAUCUGCUGAUAAUAUGUUGCAGUCGAUGUUAGAUUUUGUGGAACUUCCAGAGUAUAUGGACUACAUCGAAUCGACAAAUUUAGCUGGAGAUGGUGUUUUAGAAAUAGUGUUGAAUAAAAACAGAGGGACAAUUGUUUUGAAUAAGCACUACGCGUUAAAACAAAUUUGGUAUUCUGCAUCUAACAGUACGCCGGACUAUUUUGAUUACGACACGAAUCCACCAUGGAUAUCUCGUCGUACUCAGCAGUCUUUACAAAACAGACUUUUGGGAGAUAUUCAGUCGUCUUCUAUGUGAAUUAUAAAACAAAUAUCAUAUGUAUGGUAUUCAAUGAAUCUUCAUUUUUAAUAUAGAGUCAAAAUAAGUCGAAUGGCUUUAAAAAUUUUAUUAUUAAAUUUUACUUAAUCAUUGAUUCACGAAUCUGAAUAUUCAAAGAUGACA